AUGCUCUCCCGGACUUUCCUCACCCUCCUGCCUUAUCUCGCAGGCUUCGGCGCAGCGGCACCGACGGCCAUCCACGGGCCACCGCCGCCCCUGCCGGCACACCAGCUGAGCGCCCGGGACGACGCCAACACAUACAACAGCAGCCUGCCCAACAUCACCAUCUUCGCGACGGGCGGCACCAUCGCGGGCUCGGCGGCCUCCAACACGCAGACGACGGGGUACCAGGCGGGCGUGCUGGGCGUCGACCGUCACGCCCGAGGUGCUGCUCAACCUGACGCGGCUGGUGCAGGCCGCGCUCGGCGACCCGCGCUGCCAGGGCGCCGUGGUGACGCACGGCACCGACACGCUCGAGGAGUCGGCCCUGUUCCUGGACCUGACGGUACGGUCCGGUCCGAGAAGUCCGUGGUCGUCGUGGGCGCCAUGCGGCCCGCCACCGCCGUCGCCGCCGACGGGCCCAUGAACCUGCUCGAGGCCGUGUUGCUGGCCGCCAGCCCGUCGGCCCGCGGCCGCGGCGCCAUGGUGGUGCUCAACGACCGCAUCGGCAGCGCCUUUUACGUCACCAAGACGCACGCCAACGCCCUCGACACGUUUGCGGCCCGCGAGCAGGGCUACCUCGGCUUCUUCAUCGACGCCGGGCCGAUAUUCUACUACGCCCCGGCCCUGCCGCUGGGCCGCGCGCACUUUGACGUGCUGUCGCUCCGCACCCUGCCGCAGGUCGGCGUCCUGUUCGGCCACCAGGAUCUGACGCCGGCGCUGGCGCGCGCCGCGGUGGACGCCGGCGCCAGGGGGCUCGUGCUCGCGGGCAUGGGCGCCGGGUCGUGGACGCCGGCGGGCUCGACGGUGCUGGCGGAGCUGGCGCGCGACAGGAGGACGCAGGUGGUGGCGUCGAGCAGGGCCAUGGGCGGCUUCGUCCGCAGGGCCGGCACGGGCAAUGUAUACGGCGCCCAGAAUCUGAACCCGCAAAAAGCGCGCAUAAUGCUGCAGCUCGCCCUCGGCGUGGGAUACUCGUCGGAGCAGCUCGCCACGCUUUUUGCGUUUGGCUCAUAG